GGACAUAUUUACAUGAAGGACACAUGCAACGGUUAUCUUUUCACGUGAUUCCUAUUACCGUCCUUGAUCCUUUCCUUACAUAAAUAAGACCAUGGGUCAGCUUCGCAUGAAAUGCGGAUUCCACACAAAGCACGGGUCAUGGUUCGAGUUGCUGACAAUGACAGGGAACUUUGAUGUUGCUUCGUAAAGACACGCUGUCCCACCGAGCAAAGCACUCGCCGCCGGUCUGCAGAGCGGGAAGCGAACUUUUAAGGACUUUCACGGACUCUCGGCGUCUGUUUGUUAAGUUCUGACCUGGCUCGUCAGUCUUUCGAUUAAACAGGCUGCACACACAUAUAACACUCUUGCAAGUUGCCUGCCACUGAGCUCCGGUCCGGUAGGAGUUUUGAAACCGAAAGGCGAAGAGCCGGCGUCUGCUCUUGACGUGUUCAUUCCCACCAGGUCAAGACUUCUCUCCGCGCCGGGGUUCGGCAUGUCCGCCUACUGCUCACGAUGGACUCUGCGCUUCCUCAACCACUUACGUGUGAGCGGCUUGGCAAAAACCAACAAGCAUGUUCAGCACUUCAGCUCCCAGACCUCUCCUUCUGUGCAAGUCUGCAUUGUGGGCAGUGGACCAGCAGGGUUUUACACGGCACAACAUUUGUUGAAAAGUCACAAAGGCAUCCAUGUGGACAUCUUUGAGAAACUUCCUGUACCCUUUGGCCUUGUACGUUUUGGUGUAGCACCCGACCACCCUGAAGUGAAGAAUGUAAUCAACACCUUCACUCAGACAGCUCACCUGGAACGCUGUGAAUUUUUUGGCAAUGUUACCAUCGGAUCAGAUAUUACAAUGGAAGAACUAAAAAUGGCUUAUCAUGCAGUGAUCAUGUGCUAUGGGGCAGAAGGUAGCAGAAGCUUGAGUAUACCAGGAGAGAAACUUUCUGGUGUUUAUUCCGCAAAAGACUUUGUAGGAUGGUACAAUGGACUCCCAGCAAAUACAGAUCUAAACCCUGACCUGAGUAGUGAUGCUGUUGUGAUUCUAGGACAGGGUAAUGUGGCCUUGGAUGUUGCAAGGAUUCUCCUUUCCCCUGUAGAGCUUCUCAAGAAAACUGACAUUACCCAGGCUUCUCUGGAUUCUGUAGCAGCCAGCAAGAUUAAGAGAGUUGUGAUUGUAGGCAGGAGAGGCCCUCUACAACUAGCUUGUACAAUAAAGGAGCUUCGCGAGAUGGUAAAUUUACCAGGAACUAAGCCGGUCUUAGAUCGCAGGGAUUUUGAAGGAAUCAAAGAUGCAUUAAAAGAUAUAGCUCGUCCCAGAAAGCGCUUAACAGAGCUCCUGAUGAAAGUAGCAAUGGAGGAACCGUCUGGCAGAGACGCAGAACGCUGGGCAGCAGCAUCGCGAGAGUGGAGCCUCCGAUUUCUGCGAAGCCCUAUCAAAAUCCUUCCCACAGCUGAUGGGAAGAAAGUUGCUGGAAUUCGAUUUGCGGUCACUGCACUGGAGGGUUCAGGGGAGAAUGCUAAGGCUGUCCUAACUGGAGAAGAGGAGGAAGUCUCGUGUGGGCUCAUUGUGAGCAGUAUAGGUUACAAGAGUUUGCCCAUCGAUGAUGGCGUGCCAUUUGAUGAAACCCAAGGAGUGAUUCCUAAUGACAUGGGUCGAGUAUGUCAAACGCCUGGUCUCUAUUGCAGCGGUUGGGUGAAGAGAGGUCCGACUGGCGUCAUUGCCACAACUAUGAAUGACAGCUUUGAAACUGCACGUUGUGUACUGGAGGACAUUGACUCCCGAGUGCUGGACUGCAGCAUGGCCAAACCUGGGUACCAUGCACUGUGUGGGCUACUGGAGAAGCGAGGUGUGACUCCAGUCUCUUUUUCCGGUUGGGAGAAGAUUGAUGCUUUAGAGGUGACACGUGGGGCUGAAUUUGGAAAACCAAGAGAAAAGCUACUGGAUGUGCAGGAGAUGCUGCAGCUGGCCAGGGCUUGAGGUGACCACUCAACUGAAAACAAGAAAAUGUUAGAAAACCCCAAUGCUGGCUGUUCUGUUUUUAUCAAUGCAGUAGUAGACAUAACAGAGUUGAAUACUACAAGGCAAAAAAGAAAAACAAAGUGCUGGCCACUUGCAGAGCUGUCCUUUGGGGACAGGAACAGGAACUUGACAGGUUUCCCAGGCACAGGUAUGCAUGGAAAUUGUUUUGUACCUGAUCUGAAUAUUGUGGCCCAUCUCUGAAGCUGAAGACCAGAAUGUAUGUGUCAGGCUCUGUAUGUCACGGUUUAGUUUUCUGUUUGCCUCUCCACCUUAUUUAGUUCAUAACUGCGUGACUUAUGAUGCUAAACUUCAACACAACUGCACACUAUAUACAUAUCAUACAUUUUUUGCGUUUAAAAUAGACAUUUAUUUAAAAUGAAUCAUUAGUAUGACAAUCUAAAUACUUUAAAAAAAAAGCUUUAGGGGAGCGGGUGGGUGUGCGAAGCGAACAGGGGGGCAAAGCCCCCUAGUCGUUAGAAGGGGGAAGAUGACCUAGGAUAGGAGAAUUACCUGACAUAGCAGAGUUAAAGCACUAACAAGCCAUAAAAUUAACCGCUUCCUAAUUAAGCAACCGGGUUAGGACAAAAACCUGCAGCCACUGCGGCCCUCCAGGACUGUGAUUGAGGACCCUGGUGUAUAUUAUAUAUACAUACAGUAUAGACUCACUGAAUAGUUUAUUCAGAAUCACUGUACUAAUACUUACUACUGUACUAAUAUUACCCUUUUGCUCUCAAGAUUCCACAAAAUGUUGGAAGUCUUGUUUUGUGUGAUGCAUUCAUGUCAACAUGGAUCAGCAUCUCAAUUUCUGCAGAAAGCAGUCACCUGCACAUUCAUGCUAGAAAUCUCCUGUUCUGCCACAUCCCAAAAGUGUUGUACUGUAUUAAGGUCUGGUAAUGGGGAAGGCCAUUGAAAAACACCAAUCUCCUUGUCAUGUUCAUGAAACCAGUAGCCAUUAGAUGAUGGGUGAGUGGUGGCCAUGAAGGGAAGCAUGUGGUAAACAAGGCAUUUAAGCAAUGAUCGAUUAGUAUUAAUGGGCCCAAAGUGUGCCAAGAAAACAUACCCCACACCACCUCUACUAGACGGGACUGUUGACACAAGACCGGUUGAGUGCAUGGAUUGAGACGGUCCAGCUUUGGUGAGCCUGCCCCCACUCAACGUUUGGCUGACAGGAGUAGAAUUUCCCCUUGGGAUUAAUAAAGUAUCUAUCUAGAACCUGACGUGGUCUUCUACUGUUGUUGUGCCCCUGUCCCAAGGUUCCAUGUCCUAUUCAUUCUGAGAUGCUUUUCUGCUCCCUUCAGUUGUACAAACUCGUUAUCUUGAGUUAUUGUAGCCUUUCUGUCAGUUUGAACCAGUCUGGUCACAUUUUUCUCCUGACUGCGUUCAUCAGCAAGACAUUUCUGGCCAAAAAACUGUCGCUCAUGGGAUGUUUUUUGUUUUUCACACCAUUUUGAGUAAAGCUGAGAGACUGUUGGGUGUGAAAAUCCUAGAAGAUCAGUAGCUACAGAAAUACACAAACCAGCCCAACAGCCAGCAACAGUCCUGCCAUAGUCCAAACAAUUGAGAUCCCAUGUUUUCCCCUUUCUGGUGUUUGAUGUAAACAUUAACUGAAGCUUUUGACCUUUGUCUGCUGGAUUUUAUGGAUUGCACUGCUGCCACUUGAUUGACUGAGCAGAUCAAAACCUGGACAGCAGGCGUUUCUAAUAAUUUGCCCAUUGUGUGUAUUUAAUUUGUAUAUUGCAUUUUCUUCCAGAGUCUGUGUGGGUCUUCCUUCAGUGAAUUGUCCCCCCAAAAAAACAAAAUAAAUAGAUGUGCACGCUGGGCUGACUGAUAACCCUGAUUUGGUUUGUGGUACAUUUAUGUGUAAGAGUGGACUGGUGCCUUGUCCAGGGCAGACUGAGCAGUUUUCAGAAUGUGAUAUUCUGUCAAGUUACGUUAUUUUCUCUAAUAAACUUCAGUGCUAAGACUGUGACCGAGUGCCUAAAGUUGUGGGUUGUAAACCCCAAGGCUACCGGCUCUGACCUCCUCACUUGCUUGUUGUGUGACCCUGAGCGUGUCCCAUGUCUUGUUAUAUGGAAAUGAAUGAUUUGGAUAUUUAUUAACUGGCCCCUCUGAAAUAUGCGCUAGCAGGUUAAGCGAUCCUGAACAAGUGCCUCCAUUUUAAGUAACUGGUGAGGUGCGGACCAGGGACAGGAUUUGGACUGUAAGUCACUAAGGUGCUGUUAGUUUAGUUUUGUUUUGCACCACCAACUCUGUUUGGCCUCAUCUUCUAGAAAUAUGGGCACAUCUGUGCUGUGCCGUAACAGACCUUGAGGUGGCAUGUGUGACAUGAAAGAAUUGGUGUGGCCAAGUGGGUAACGCGUCAGAACAGUAAAUGAAGGUUGCCGGUUCAGGUCCAUCACCAUCACACCCUGUGACCCCAAGCAAGACAUUUCACCUCAUGGUCUGUCUAUUUGGUUUAUUUUAAUUAUAAUUUACAGUAGAAUGAAAACAUUUGUUGUUGGUCCUGCUUGUGCAGAACUGCUGUUUACUUUGAUUUGCAUGUCAUCCACUAAAUCAUUUAAUCUAAUAAAUAAGUGAAGGUUG